AUAUUCGAAGAACAAGCUUCUAAAACUCUCAUAGGAAACAUUGCCAAAGAUUUGAACCUGCAUGAAAGUGUGACAGACAUUAAAAAUUUGAAAUUCAGUUUAUUAACGAAAGGAAAUACAGACAGUUCGUUAUUCAUAGCAGACGAGCUUAGUGGUGACUUGAUGACGUCACAGUUGAUAGACAGGGAAUCCAUAUGUAGCUUCAUGGUAACAUGUGAUUUAAAAUUCGAAGUGGUUGUGCAAUCUAAUCUUGGAUCAUUUUUCAGAAAAAUUGCCGUGACUGUAUCAGUAAUGGAUAUAAACGACAAUGCCCCCAAAUUUUCUCCGGACCAGUUUUUGCUGCAGAUUUCCGAGGGAUCCGUAGUAGGUACAACAUUUCCGAUUGUAAAAGCCAUCGAUCAAGAUACGGAUGUGAAUAAUUCGGUGCAUAGUUACGAAAUUUUAACGAAAUCGGAUGUGUUUUCUCUAGUUACCGUAAAAGACAAUAAUGGAGGAUUUAGUGAAGUAGCAUUGAAACUAAUUAAAAAACUUGACCGCGAAAUCUUCCCCGAGUAUCAACUGACAGUGAUCGCUAAAGACAAUGCUAAUCCUCCUAAAACUGGAAGUCUUUCACUAACUGUUAUGGUUGGAGACGUCAACGACAAUAGUCCCGAAUUUCACCAACAGUUUUACCCCUUUAACGUGUCAGAAUCCCUUCCAGUCGAUGCACUCAUCCUUCAAUUAAACGCCUCGGACAAAGACACUGGCUCUAACGCGGACAUUUCCUACUAUUUUAGCCCCAGGCAACCUGAAAGUAUUUUGAAAUUAUUUAGUUUAAAUCGACUGACUGGGGAGUUAAAGACAGCCAUGCCUUUAAAUACGUCCGUAGGCGAUGUUUUCGAAAUCCUUGCAGAGGCUAGGGAUCACGGUAAUCCAGUACUGACUUCACAGGUGACUAUCAACAUCCGAGUAUUGGACACGGAUAAUAAUCCCCCGAUUAUAAACGUGAAUGUAUUCUCUUCUAGUGGUUCGGCGGAGGUUUCCGAGUCCUCGACUAUUGGUCGAGCAGUCGCUCACAUUGGAGUUAACGAUCCUGAUUCUGGACUCAAUGGAAUCGUAAAUUGUUCCAUAUCUCACGAAUUCAUCAGUAUCAGCAAGCUGGACGUGAACGAGUACAAAGUUAUCUUAUCAAAAAAGCUAGAUCGGGAACAUAUACCGGAACAUACUGCAACAGUUACAUGCUACGAUGCUGGAACCCCACCUUUAACCAGUUCCGUAGCGUUCAAGAUCAAGGUAUUGGACGAGAACGAUAACAGCCCUGUGUUCACUCGAGAAACGUAUUAUGCUUCCAUCAUGGAGAACAACUUCAUUGGACGAUAUAUCAGCACUGUUAAGGCCGUGGAUUACGAUGCUGGUUCUAACGCCAAGAUAACCUAUGCUUUAGUCGGAGAUUUUAAGGAUUCCUUUAAAAUCGAAACAAAUGGAUCAGUAUAUGUGGUGAAGCAGCUCGAUCGUGAGAUCACGCCAGUAAUCAGGCUUCAAGUUACUGCCCACGAUGAUGGUGCCCCAAAACUCACAUCAACUGCAGUAGUAGAAAUUGCUCUUGAAGAUCAAAACGACAAGCGACCUGAAUUCAACAAAACUGUUUUCUAUUUCAACGCUCUUGAGAAUCUGAAACCCGGCCACAAAGUUGGAACAGUUCAGGCUUUUGACAAAGACUUUGGCAGAAAUGCUGAAAUUGAGUUCAAGCUGAUCUCAAUUGACCCAGAUACACCGUUUUCUUGUUCCUUUAAUGGUGUUAUCGAAACUACCGCCAUGUUGGACAGAGAGACCAAAGAUCGUUACAGAUUUGUUGUUGAAGCCACAGAUAAAGGCGAAUAUCCACUCAGUAGCACAGUAGAAGUGGUAGUCAUCGUAAAAGACCUCAAUGAUCAAAGUCCAGUCAUCUUGAUACCGAAUAAAGAAAAUAAUACUGUAUCAAUUCCCAACAAUUUAAAAGCAAAUACUGGCUUUUAUGCCAUCAUGGCGUACGAUAUGGACCAAGGUGUCAACAGUCAUCUAGUGUAUUAUCUUCAAGAUGAGACCGUCUCAAGUCAUUUCACUGUUCAUCCCAAAACUGGCGAAGUUUUGAUUAAAAAUGCUUUUGGGCAUCACACUGGUGGUAUAUUUCACCUGAAACUAAAAGUAGGAGAUAUGGGUGAUCCUAGAAGAUCCACUAUAGCCGACCUGUAUGUGCAAGUCUACCACGAUGAUGAGUUCCUGGAAGAACAGUCUUCAAUGAUGAGUAUGCAGAACAUCAUUAUAGUCGCAGUGAUCGUCUGCGUCACCGUCAUUCUCGGAUUAGUAGUCGUAGUGAUUAUAUUUUAUCUCAGGCGUCGCGAUAAACAAAAGCGU